CAAAAUCUUAGUUUCAUUCUUAGUCCUCUUGUGUGUUUUGAAUCUCAUAUCUCCCAGCGCUGCAAUGAUACACAACAAAAUCACUUCUCCCCCACUCCCCCCACCCACACCAGCACCCAGCAAACGACAAGCUGCCGGACAAGUUUCUACCUGCGGCUACGUAGACGGGAACCCCGAAAACCCCCGAAUAGCAAAUCCAGGCUACGACUGUCAAUUCGACACUGCACGCGGGCUAUGGGGCUUCUGCUCAACAACCGUAACGGCACUCAGUGACUGCAGUCUAGUAGGCUUCUGUCUCGACAGCAACUCCUGUACAACAGGCUGUGGCAGGGCAUCCAAUGAAAUAGGAGGCAGUACUUCAUGUCCACCUAGCCAAUUCUGCUCUACAGCCCUCCUGCUCAACGACGGGCCCGAUCAGGAUUACGAAUACAUUGCGUGUGGCACCAAAGGGGGAACAGAAACGCUCCGUGCAGCUGCAAACAGCGUGGAUGCGUCCACGACGACAUCGCAGUCUUCCUCAUCUCUUACUAGCCUGAGCACUUCAUCAGGUUCUCCUGCAGAAUCUCCAACCCCAUCAGCCUCUAACUCCUCUUCAUCUUCCUCCUCCUCAAACGUCGGUGCCAUCGUCGGCGGUGUCGUCGCUGCCGUAGUCGUAAUCUGCAUCACGAUUCUCGGAGUGCUGCUUAUACGCCGGAAACAAGGUAAGGCUGGUAAGGCUGGUUCUAACAACGACUCAGGGUAUAGCAUGCAAGGCUUGAUUGGCGGGAAAAAGAGUGGUAAGCAGACAGAGAAUAGGCAUGAGGCUGUGGAGAUGCAAGGGGGACAUGUAGAGCCGGUUGAGUUGAUGGGGACGCAGCCUGAUAGUACGGUGAGGGCGAGGGAGUUAGGGUAGGGAGAUAGAUAUUAAGUCAGGUUAUCGAUAAGAGUAUAGAUAAGUGAAUGUGUAAUAAAGUGAUCAGUAAC